CAGCGCGGGCCCGCGGCAUUAGAGUCCGCCGGCCUCGGACCCGCGUCCCGCACGGGGACUGUCCCGGCAGACGUGGACGGCAGGAGAUGGGGAGGGAGACCUUCAAGGUCUACAGACAUGAGAACUGAACCCCGUCUGUAGGCUCCGGCGGGGGACCGACAACUAGAAACGGACUCUGAGGACACUGAACUGAGAGGCUGGAUUCCUAAAGCAACAGGCAGCAGAGAAGACCUGGACCAUUUGGGGCUUGGGUCGCCUCAGAGCCCUACAGAGGAGCCAUGGGGGUGCUGAUGUCCAAGCGGCAGACCGUAGAGCAGGUGCAGAAGGUGAGCCUGGCUGUGUCGGCCUUCAAGGAUGGACUACGGGACAGGCCUUCCAUCAGACGUGGGGGUGAGCUACCAGGGUCCCGCCGCGGCACUGUGGAGGGCUCUGUUCAGGAAGUACAGGAAGAAAAAGAGGCAGAGACCAGUGCCCCUGUGGUUCAGGAAGAGAGCAGCAUCAACCGUGCAGCCUGGGAGCGGCUCCGGGAUGGGCGUGGAGUUGAGCCUGAGGAGUUUGACAGGACCAGUCGAUUCACACCUCCUGCCUUCAUCCGGCCCACCCGGAAGCUGGAUGAUGACAAACCUCCAGAUAUCUGCCUGGAUCCCCGGGAGCCUGUUGUCAAUGAUGAGAUGUGUGAUAUCUGCGAAGUCUGGACCGCUGAGAGCCUCUUCCCAUGCCGCGUCUGCACCAGGGUCUUCCACGACGGCUGUCUGCGCCGCAUGGGCUACCUCCAAGGAAACAGUGCAGCGGAGGUGACAGAGUUGGCCCACACCGACACCGGCUGGAGCUGCUACUACUGUGACAACCUUAACCUGCUGCUCACCGAGGAGGAGAUGUACAGCCUCACAGAGACCUUUCAGCGGUGUAAAGUCAUCCCUGAUUGCUCCCUGACCCUGGAGGACUUCGUGCGCUAUCGCCACCAAGCAGCGAAGCGAGGGGAGAGCAGCAGGGCCCUGAGCGAUGAGCAAGAGGAACAGGCAGCCCGCCAGUUUGCAGCCUUGGACCCUGAACACCGAGGCCACGUAGAGUGGUCCGACUUCUUGUCCCAUGAAUCUCUCCGACUGCUGCAGCAGCUGCGUCCGCAGAACUCUCUUUUGAGGCUUCUCACCGUCAAGGAGAGGGAACGCGCCCGGGCCACCUUCCUGGCACGGGGCAGCGGGAGCACCAUCAGUGAGGCAGAGUGCCACCAUGCCCGGCACUCUUGGUUCUGCAAACGCCUGGCAGAGGCGUCCUCCUGUAGUGUCAGCAUCAGCCACGUGGGUCCCAUAGCAGACAGCAGCCCAGCCGGCAGCAGUAGCAAGAGUGAAGAUAAGACCCCGCUGCCCACAGAGCAGGAGUCCAGAUCUGUGGACUGGCCCACCUUCCUCAGAGAGAAUGUCAUCUACAUCUUGGCUGCUCGCCCUAACAGUGGAGCGAUUCACCUGAAACCCCCAGGAUAGUGUGGGGCAGAGAUUAGUUCUGGGACGGUGGCACCUUCCCCCUCCUCUCCUUUCACUUUCCUCAACCAACCUCUGGCACUGAGACUCACAGGAAUGGGGCACUGCCAGCAUCUUAAUUUGUCAUUAAGUUCUAUGGCAUUGAAGCCACUGUUCCCCUGACAACAGAGGCAGUAUAUGUAAUGCCACACUGAGAAGCCCUGAGAGCUGUGGCAUCAUCUCCUGCCCUCACAUCAUGAAACUACCUGCCACCUCAUGCGUACAUAUGUGCGCAUGCAAAUGCAGCCACAUACAUGCCUAGAUAGCCAUGCCUUCAAACUCCUGGUUCUUUUUUCGAUGAAAAAGGACCAAAAUCCCUUUGUGAACCCCCUGGUGUAGAUGAGAUGGUCUCGUCUCACUCUUUCUAUUGGCCAGUUCUGAAUUCCAGUAGAAAGAAAGGUGCAGACUAGCCUCGCUUCCUCCCCUCCAGGAGAUGCCCAGAGGCCCCCUGCCCACAUUGAAACCCCCUUCCGUGAUGAGCCGCUGUUGCUCAUAAGUGUCUGUGUGUCCCUCAGGUGUGUUGUGGGAGAACAGUGAAAAAUCAUCCCUGAA